AUGUUUCUGCGCAUGCCCUUGCAAAAAUCGGACAUAAAAAUUCCAUCGACACUUGAAACCGUGUUUGGCGAGCAGUUUGUGGCAAAAUUCAACAAUGCAAAUCCUUUAGAAUACGAUAGACAUAUUACACCAGACGACGUUAUGUAUUUCACUGCGUACUUUACAAAGGAGCAUGAGGCCGAGUUUGCGGGCAUUGAUAACCAUGAUACAUUUUUUACUCCCACCGACCGUGUGCGCAUGGUCGAGAGAAUCAUGGAACAGACGCCAUUCCAGCCCUCGAACGACUUGAACAAGGUUGUCGGUAUUGCUAAUUUGAAGUUCACCAACGCGUUCAAGGGAAUUUAUCCAUUGCACGACGGACCGUGUGAGGUCCCAGAGGGUGGUGAGCCAGAAAAUCAACGCCAGCGAUUGCGAUGGGAGUGGGCACGCUUUAGAAAAUGGUACAAGUAUCAGCCACUUGACUCGAUUAAAGAUUAUCUUGGAACAUCUAUUGCAAUGUAUUUUGCUUGGCAUGGUUUCUAUUGCACAAUGUUAGCACCUGUUGCUUUCCUUGGCUUCAUAGCGUUCCUUUACGGAGUUGGCGACUCUUACAGCUCCCUCCUGUGA